UUAAGUCAAUCGUUUUCUUUCGUCCUUCUUGAAGCAAAUUCUUUGCCCUUUUUUAAAAAACUGAAAUAUACUAAAAAAUGAGCGACUUAACUGAGAUCAUUAUAACGGCGUCUCUUCUUGUUGGAGGGUUUUUAUUAAUCCUUGCUAUAUAUAUUUUUGGAGUCUGUAAGAAUGAAAGCCAUAAUAAUUUUAUUAUGUUUAACACUUUGUUGAUGAUUUAUGAUUGGAUUUUCUACAUAAUUCUCAAUAUAUGGAUCUUUACUGCUAACCUAGAUGAUCGGGAUCAGGAUUAUUUGUAUUAUAUUCCCCUUUGUACUAUUUUGCCGACCACAUCCUCUAUGAUUUUUUUCAAUUCUAUACUUACUUUCACCAUAUUACGACGAGAAAUUAACAAUAAUGAACAAUUUCGUGCAUGGUUCCAAGAACAUAAAGUUUUUUGUAUGUUUAUUGCAUUUUGUUCAUUAGGUAAUCUUAAUGUAUUGCACGUUUUAAAUUGUAAAUUUAAUUAUACGGAUAUGUUUGAUGCGAAAUUAUCUUUUACUGUCGAGAAAAAAAUCAUUCACGCAGGUGUGAUUAGUUUAUUUGUUGGAGAUAUCCCUCGAUUAAUUAGUUUGGUUUUCGUUAAUUUUAGUUAUAUACCAGGUUUUUCUGCAAUACCUAUGAUAUGUUUUUUCUUGACUAUAUUGGUAAUUACCUUCGGAUUCUUUUAUAGAUUAUAUGAAUCAAUGAUUAGAGGUUAUGAAAAACCGACUGUACAAGAAUUAAUUGUAAACAAAAAGCAAUUUUCAGAGGCAUAACUUUUAUUAUUAUUAUUUAUUGUUGUUGUUGUUUAGUAUUAUAUCUUUA